AUGAUGGGAUCAGAUAUCAAGGAACCACUUGAACUACCAUGCGGUUUAGUUCUGCCCAAUCGUUUAGUGAAAGCUGCUAUGGCCGAAGGGCUGGCAGAGAAGAGGCAUUUACCUGGCCCGCGGAUUUCUCGCGUCUACGGUGAAUGGGCAAAGGGCGGAUGGGGUGCCCUUCUUACGGGAAAUGUACAGGUCGAUGUUCGUCAUCUAGGAGGGUACGGUGAUCUGGCUACAUGUGAGUAUCAAGAAGAUGAGCACCAGUCAUUGCAUGCUUGGAAGCAAUAUGCAGAUGCCUGUCAACAACACGGUGCGCCCGCGAUCGCUCAGAUAUGCCAUCCUGGCCGCCAGUCCCCGAGAGGUGCAGGUGAACGAGGCUUUUUUGGGAAAGCCAUUGCGCCGAGUGAAAUACCCCUUGAUAUCGGAAAUGGGUUGGUGGCGGCUAUUGUCAGGAACAUCGUGUUUGGGGUGCCAAAAGCUAUGUCCCAUUCCGAUAUUGCGCGAGUCAUCGCCCAGUUUGUGAAUUGUGCCCGUAUUUUGGCGCGGUGCGGCUUUGCAGGUAUUGAAAUACACGCAGCGCAUGGUUAUCUUUUGUCGCAAUUCCUCUCCCCACGAAGCAAUAUUCGUCAAGAUGAAUAUGGUGGUAGCGCUGAAAAGCGAGCCCGUAUUGUUCUCGAAAUCAUCCAUCAGAUUCGAAAGGCUGUUCCUGCGACCUUCUGCCUCGGGAUCAAGCUGAACUCUGCCGAUUAUGACACAGCACAAUUUGAAGACACCAUGACCCAAAUUCGUCUCUUUUCUGAGGCCGGUGUGGACUUUCUUGAAAUAUCUAGCGGAAGUUAUGAAGACCCAACGAUGAUGGGCCGUGGGCUGCGAGACGAAACCAGAAACGGCAAGAAAACAAGGAAGCGGUUCCCGAACCUCAUCCUUCUACUGACUGGAGGGUUUCGAACCCGCAAGGGAAUCGAGGCAGCGUUGAAGGGUGGCGUUUGCGACCUUGUUGGCAUCGGUCGUCCAGCAGUUCUCAACCCGGACUUCCCACGACUCAUAAUGGAUGACAUAUACUCUGACAAAGAAGCCCGGGUGGUGUUUUCUAAAGUUCCAAUCCCAUUCUUGGCGAGACUACUCAGAAUCAGAAUGUUAGGUGGAGGCGCAGAAACACAAUACUUCCGUGGCCAAAUUCACCGCAUCGCCGCUGGACUUGUUCCACAUGCACCAUAA